UUGGCCCGUCUCCUGUUGAACAACCCCUUUGCGGUGUGACCUCGCCGCGUUUUCAUCCCCUCGUCAAUUUGCGUGCCUGCGUGAUCCGUCAAACGUUCACUGAUUUCAUAACACAAUCACGAAGCGAAUCAGGUUCAGGAGUUCGUCGUCAUCGUGACUAUUUUAUCAGCAUCCGCCGCGCUGUGCAAAAUUUUCGACGUCGAUCCCGGCCCUAAUCAGUGUGCGAUAAUCCGAUAAUCAGAGAACGCCAAACGAGAGAGAUGAACUCCGUCACGAAACUGAUCUCGUUCCGUGGGGCAACCGUGGGAAGAAGGUUGCUAGCCGGAGGAUUCCAGCAGCAGCAGAGCCACCUCAGCACCGGUCAGCCGCGGUUCUGCGUGUUCAAGAUCCAAAGUCCGCAGGAGUUCCAGGAGAAGGUCAAGGCCAGCAAGGAUCCCAUCAUUGUGGACUUUUUUGCGACUUGGUGUGGUCCCUGCCGGAUGUUGACUCCCCGAAUUGAAUCGAUUGUGGGCGAACAGAAGGGAAAGGUCAAGCUGGCCAAGGUGGACAUCGACGAGCACACCGAUCUGGCACUGGACUACGAGGUGGCCUCCGUCCCGGUCCUGCUUGCGAUCCGCAAUGGAAAGGUUGAACAGCGCCUGGUCGGGCUGCAGGACACGGACAAGCUGCGAAAUUGGGUCGAGAAGGUCGUGAAGAACGAAAAGUAAGUGACCUGAGCCUGGCCCCCGAGGGAGACCACCACCACUGGAAGAAGGCAUUUUGUUUGGAUUCGGAUGCAGAGACGAGGAAGGGGGAGGGAAGGUCCUUUCCAAAUGUAGAAACACUCCUGUUGAGCUUAGUUUUGAUUGAUUGUCCCAUAGGGAUCAGGAAAUACGCUCCUGUCUUGUCAGUUCGUACUAUUUUUUGACCACCCGGGAGAGCGGGAAAUAAAAAGCAAUUGUUCAAAGAA